GGAAUCAACUAAUGCAGCCACUAGGAAUGAACAAUUCUGUGUUGUGAUGUGAUUGGUGACCUUGCAGCUGAAGAGGCCCUGAAGGCCGAUGCUUUGCUGCCCCAUGACCUGCCAUGACUAGAUUUCUCCACAGAUAGUCUGUCCAGUGCCUGAAACCCUCCUCCCUCUGUACUCCAGCAUUCAUGUUCACUUCUCUUUGUUCUGACCUUGCAGGAAACUGAGUAUUUUUGACAAUAGAAUGUUGAGGGCUUGCCUCUGAGAAUGCAAAUAAAUCACACCCUUAGCUUUACAAUCCCAAGCCAGACUUGGCAUUGAGGAAGGCAAUGGCUUUGUCCUCAGGGAGUGCACAUUACCUGACGAUGGCUCACCAAGGAUCCACUUCUGCAGCUUGCAUCAGGCCACAAAAUAAUUGUGUCACAAAACCAGAGUAAACUGUAAAUGAUAAAGACUGAGCACAAUCAUACCUAGAUACGCCAUAUCUUUGUAAACCCCUUGUUCUGCAACCCAGUUUUGGGUGUAUCAGUAAGAGAAAAGCUUCUCACCAGCAACUAGCAUUGUUUUACUCAUUUUCAGAUUAAAGAGGAAAUACUUUUUGCUGCACCUUGUGUGAGUUAUGGAAUAGAUCACAGGAAGGUGUUACCCAAUUCAUAACGCUGAGCAGAUUUCUCAGGGCACUGGAAAAAGCCUAUUCUUUUUACAUCAGGGCACUGCUCUGUCAUGACCAAUAGCUUCUGCAGGUACUUACCAGCUGGCUCAGGUCUUGCUGUCAGGGUGCCCACAUGAAUACAGUCCUCUUCUCAGUUGUGAAGUUUCGUAAGUACCUGGGUGUCUGCACAGAACAAGCUCUUCACUGCCAUAGAUCUCCUGGAUGCUGGACAGCUUGCUUAGAGUUGGCCUGAAAGUGUCUGCCUAGUAGCUGACCACAAUGUGGUCCUCACCCACAUUGAGGGUUUUCCUUGCCCUCAUGAGGACCCCUGUUCAAGGGUGUAUGAGUGGCCCUUGAAACUUCAGAGGAUGGUCCCAUGAAGGGAAAUGGCAGUAACCAUCACCACCUGCAGGAGACCCACAGAAUCACCAGCUUUUGCAGAUGUCUUCUGUUUCCUUCUCUCCGCCGGGUUCUGCCCAACUUGCUGUCAAUACCUGGAUGCCAUAAAAGUUAUCAUCUGCCAUGCCCCGGCUCUGUGACUUGAUGCCAUUUAUGUAGAUGUUCUUCCUCUCUUGGUGCACUGGGGUGACUAGAGAAGCGACGCUUUUCUAUCCUGGGGCUAGUGAUAAUGAAGAGACAGAAUUUCUGUUCUUCACUGCAAAAAAAGCAACUCACCUCUUAAUUCCAGCUCCUGGCAGGCAUGCUUGUCUACAACCCAGAUCCACUUUCGAGUGGGACUCACCCUCUUUUGGAGAACUUACUUUCAGUUUCACCCAGUGGGGUGGUUUGUUUGGAUGAAAGCAAGUCACGAUGAGGAAAUAUUCAGCUGAAUAACAUCGCUAACAUCCAAAGUUCAGCCUUGGGGAAUAGAAACUGAAAAUCAACAUAAGAUUAAUAAAAGGACAUCCAUCACCCAAGAGACGACAGACCAAUCUGGAAACAUCCAUGGCUGCUGUCACUAAUAGAGAUCCUGCACCCAGACAGAACAACCAAAGCAGGUGGAAGAUACAGCCAGAGGACUUCAAAAGAAAUUAUUUGCCUAACCGACAUCCAAAGGUGGUGUGCCUGCUGUAUGAAAUCAGGUGGAGCAGAGGUACCGUCUGGAGGAACUGGUGCUCAAACACUUCCACCCAACACGCUGAAGUCAACUUCUUGGAAAACUGUUUCAAGGCCAAUCCAUCAGUUUCUUGCUCCAUUACCUGGGUCCUAUCUACUACACCCUGCGGGAAAUGUUCCAGAAGAAUUCUGGAUUUCCUGAGUGGAUACCCCAAUGUGACCUUGAAAAUAUAUGCAGCCAAGCUGUUCAAGCAUCUGGAUAACCGUAACCGGCAAGGUCUCUGGAACCUGGCAAAUAAUAGAGUCAAUAUACGUAUCAUGAAUUUUGCAGAUUACAAUUACUACUGGAAAAGAUUUGUUGCAUACCAAGAUGGAGAAGAUGAUUAUUGGCCCUGGAGUUUCGCUCCAUACAUCUUUCUGAAUUGGACAGAGCUCUGUCAUAUCCUUUUGGGACUUCCUCCAAUGCUGUCAAACUGAAUACUAACAAGCAGCAGCAGCAUGCCUCCGACAGUAUUUUCUGCUGCAGCCUUCAACUAUGAGCCUCAAACUACUACCAGAGAAAGCUCUCAUCAAUGGCUGGGCUUUGCCACUAUUUGACACAGCAGAAGGAGCAUAUGAGAAACCAUCAGAAAGUCUGCAUGAGGCUGCAGGACAGGGUACUCUGUUACAGAGAGUAACACCUUUCAUGUUCUGAUCUGAUCCAAAGAAGUAAUCAAUCAGAACAAUGCAUUCUGAUUUUGAGAAUUUCUUAUGAAUCUCACUUAUAUGGCUAUGUGUAUAACGUUUCAGAAAAUACACCAUACUAUUACAGUAUUUAUGUAAUAUUGUUACAUUAUUGCUUUUAUUAAUGUCUAAUACAUUAAUAUUAUUAAGGAUUAUAUUGCUUCAUUUUAAGGGUUUAUUUUCCCCAUUUUUAUGACUUUAGAAA